AUGAUGCCCACACUCAUGGGAGGCGUUCUCCCGGGACCUGUUCCGACCGCCUACCAAACAGAUGCCUUGUUCGAUGACCUGUCAAGACAGAUGGCCAUCUCCCAGGCAUCUCGGAGGUUAUCCAGGGGCUCCAACGGCCAACGGAACGGAAACGCUAUGCGUGUAGCAAAGCCCACCAGCGCCAACAACAGUCCGAGGUCGUCAUCAGCAAUGCAGGCCAGGAGAAGGACCGUGGUGAAUGACGGGAAUUUGGCGAGGCGGAGGCAGCAGCCUAUUGAUCAAGUCACUAUGCCUGAGUAUGGCUCUCAGUCUCGACCCAGCCGCCCUCUCAGCUGGCACCCUUCCACCUUCCAACACCAACAGCACAAGAUGCCCGCUGCCCAGUACAUGGCUUCUUACCCGUUCCCUCCCGCCUCGUCGGCCUACGACACCGACAGCUACAACAUUUAUUCGCAAUUCCCCCCCACCCCAGCGGCUUACUCCUCUGCUGCGUAUCUGCCCGUGGAGGGCUGGAACGUUCCCCAGCAAGACCCUCCGGCCUACGUCUCGUCGGAGGCUGCUGGAUACGCAGAGCCCUUCCCGGCUCUUCCCACUACCCUGCCUGACCUCACGCCGUCUUCCACUUCCACGCAUUGGCACUCGUACCCAAUGGACGGCUUUCCCAGCACUUCUCCUCCCACUCCCGAGACGCUGCCGCAGGCUCAGCAGCCUCAACCUAUUGUCCCGAAUGAGGACACCAUCCCUUACCAACCUUUGGACGAGCCUGAGGAGGAGGGCGAGAUCCUGGUCGGCAUGGGCCUCUACGACGCGCCAGACAAGUACGAACAAGACCCUCAGCUCGACGCCUCCCGGUCCGCCAUGUCUUCUCUGCUCGGCGCGCCAUACCGUCCCCAGGAGGGUACCGGCAAGGGCCUGAAGCUGGAGGAGUCAUGGCAGCCCCCUGACAGCGAUGACGAGGACGCCGACCAGGACGAUGCUGACGGCGAGGAUUCUGAUUAA